GUUCUUAACCUCAACAUUCAAUAGCCAAUUAACGACUUUAUAAAGAAGCCAAAACAUUAUGUAAUGCACCAGAAUAAAAGGUAGUGAGUUGUUGUAGUGCUCUUGGCUCGCUUGCUGGCUUAAUCCUUCCUGGCAUUUGUGUCAACGAAUGCCUCUCGCUUGAUGAUUCGAAUGCAUCAUUACUACGGGAGCUCUGGAAUUUUGAGGGAUUCUGGUGUGAUAUCCAAGCUUGAUGAGAGUGAGCGAGUGUGAUAUGGAAGGACUCGUUUGAUCCAAGUCGACCAAGCCACUCAGUGUGGUCGACAUGAUUGAGCUCAACUGGUGGGUGUUGCUGGUCCUGGAAGUGUUUUGGCUUCUAUUCAACCCCCUGGAAAUCGUUGGUCUACAGGUUCGAGCUCCUUGUUAUUCCAUCGUAUCCAUGCCAUCCGGAGGAUUCCACGAGUGCCUUGGGUCAUUUUUCUACCAGACACGGCUCUACGACGGAUGUAGUUCCAUCAAUGGCAUUUGGCAAUGUUCCAUUGCCAAUGACGACAAUUUCGUGGCUCGGGAAAUGGCCAAUUGCUCACGGGAAUGCAUUGAUGACUUGCUCUCUCCUUGUUCCACGACCCAAACCAUUGGCGACCAUGGAGUUCAGUUUCAAGGCUCCCCUUGUGAGUUCCCAUUUCAUUAUCAUGGUCGGAAUUACUAUUCAUGUACAGCGGCCGGUCAUUCGGAACUUUGGUGCACGAUCCACAAGAAUCAUUCAACUUUAGAUGACAUCAGUUGGUCAUGGGGACCAUGUGGACCAGAGUGUUUCGCGGACAAGCACUACUCGUGUCGGACAACAGAUGAUAAGGUUUGCCAGUUUCCGUUUGUGUAUCAGGACGAAACCUAUAAUGAGUGCACCCAUGUGGGACAUGACAAUCCCUGGUGUCCAAUAGUGGUGGAUGAAUAUGGCCAUGCUACUGAGCAUUGGGGCAAUUGCCGAGAUGAGUGUCCAGUCUCAAAUAGGACGUCAACCACUCGAAAAGUGGAAAAAUUGGAUGUGAAACAAGAAAUGAAGAUCAAUCCAGAAGUGUCCGUCAAAGGUCACGGAAAUGGAUGGCUGACAGGAUUUGUGAUUGUUGGGAUUCUACUGAUCUUAUCCAUCGUCGGGAACGUCUUUCUUGGACUCAAAAUAAAAGAUCGAGGAAGCCUCCAUCACGAUUGGGUUCAUUUCUCAAAGAAGAUUGAAGAGCGGCCCAACAUUUUGGAAGAAAACGACGAUAUAAUUUAAUUUCAGUGAAUAAAUCGGUGACUAAAAAA